AUGGACCAGAGUAAUGUAAUUAGUGGUGCAACAAAAGGAUCAUCUAGUGUAGCUCAUGAAAACACUAGUCUUCUUUUAGCCAGAAAAAACGUCCGUCUUUUGUUGGUUGGUCAUGACAGAACUUCACUCAUGUCCCUUAAACAGGAAUUCGUGCAACAAUUUCAUAAAGUGACGGCUUUUGAAUCACCAAAUACUGCAUUGUCGGUGUUUGAGGCAGCAAAAAACUUUUUUAAUAUUGUAAUUGCUGAUCGUUACAUGCCAGAAAUGAACAUCUUUGAGUUUGUACAUCAAAUUCACAGUCUACGCGAGGACAUUCCUAUUUUGUUGAUAGAUGAAAACCUUACAGUGGAUUCAGCGAGAGAGGCUAUUGUCAAUGGGGUGUGCUACAACUUCCGGAAACCUCUUACCCAUUAUGAUAUUGCAAGUCUAUGCCUGCACAUUCACAGGGUGACUGGUAAAUUUCCGCAACCUUUUAAUAGCAGUACGGAUGGGGAAGAAAGAAAUGACAAUCAAAGUAAUUUAAAGAGGAAAGCAAGCGAUACUGAUCCGGAAAAUAUUAAAAAAGGAAAGAAUAAGGUGGUAGAAGAUUCAGGUUCUUCAGUUGCCACCAAUAAAGAUGAUGGCUGCAACUCUAAGAAGUCACGCGUGACUUGGACUCCCCGUCUUCAGCAGAAGUUUUUGGCAGCAAUUGACAAAGCUGGAAAAGACGCUGCAGCUAAUCCGAAGGAGCUUUUAAGCAUUAUGAAUGAGCCUCACUUGACAUAUCACAAUGUUGCUAGCCAUUUGCAGAAACACAGAUUGAAGGAAAAGCACUCUGAUAAGCUGCCUAAAAGUGCUAGUCCAGUAAUGUCAACUGUGCAGCCUGCAGCACCCCUGAAGAGUUUCCCACAAGGACGAACAUCUGGAAGUAGUACUGCAAAUUUUAACUAUAUGGAAGCCCGUGGAUCUCCCCGAAUUCAGAGAUCUUGGGUUUUGGAGGAAGCUCCUAAUGUUAAGGGCAAGGGUCUUCUUGAUAAUGGGAAACAAAAGAUGGACACUUUGAACUACUACUCCUGCAACAAUUCCAGGAAUGCUAUCAUGGCCAAUAGAGGAAGAUAUGAAAUAGCUCAGGUCACUGACCAGGAUCAUGAUAAUAGCAUUGAGAAUUAUGUUGCAAAUUUCAGGGAACAAUCUGAAGUGGUUCCUAGGAGAUUCGGUCUUGGGGAAAUGGAAGUCCCUCCAGAUCAGGUACUGGAAAGCGGUCACUUGAGCAGUGGUGCAACCGACUUGAUAUCAUCAAGCAGUGGGUUGCAGACUCUGAACUGGGAACCAUCUGCAGGGGCAAUCAGUGACGUGGUAGUAGCAAGUGGUGAGCGGAGCAGUGGCUUUCAGGCCCCGAACCAAGAAAUUGCUGGUGAUACUGCAAUAGGGAUGUAUGGUCUGGAAAAUGUAGGAAAUCCAGAUAACAUGGACGGUCGCGGCUUUGGAGAAGGCACUGGUGCAAAUCAAGUGCUGGACGAUCUACCUACUGAGGAGGAAGUUAAUAAUCUGUUAGAGGAUAUUGAAGCCUAUGAUUUAUUUGAUUUGAUAAAUUAA